AUGGCGGGAAUCUCGCCUGUGGGAGGACAUGUUCCCUCUCACGCACAGUCGUCCUUGCCCUCGCUGCCCGCACAUCUUCAAUCUGACACCCAUCUAACCGCCCACUUGGCCAGUCGAUUCCAUGUCGGUCUCCCCACGGCUCGCCUGUCUUCGCAGGCUCUCAUCAGUCUCAACACAUACACCUCGUCGUCAAAGGGUCCCGAUGGCGCCAAGGAAGGCAGUGCCAUGGGGGAGGCGGAGGACCUGGCCCGCCGCGCUUUUACCCGCUUAGGGGCGCGCGGGGAGAACCAGUCCAUUGUAUUCCUUGGUGAGAGUGGUUCAGGCAAAACCACCAUUCGAUCACACCUCCUGUCCGCCUUUCUCUCCUUCUCAUCGACCCCCCUGUCCUCCAAACUCUCCUAUGCGGCGUUCGUCUUCGACACGUUGACCACCACCAAAUCCUUGACCACCCCCACCGCGUCCAAAGCCGGCUUGUUUCUAGAGCUACAGUAUGACGGGUCGUCCUCGGUAAACCCGACGCUGAUUGGCGGCAAGAUUAUCGAUCACAGACUGGAACGCAGCCGGAUCACAUCUGUCCCCACCGGCGAGCGAAGCUUCCAUGUCCUCUACUAUCUCUUGGCCGGGACCAGCGCCGCCGAAAAGGCGCAUCUGGGCUUCGAGAACACCAUCCACAUUACGACCGGCGGCGGGAAACUGUCGGGCACCUCGGUCAAACACAAACGGUGGAGGUAUCUGGGCCAUCCCACGCAGAUGAAAGUCGGCAUCAACGACACCGAAGGCUUCCAGCAUUUCAAGACCGCUCUGAGAAAGCUGGAGUUUCCCCGCAGCGAAAUCGCCGAGAUCUGCCAGAUCCUCGCGGCCAUCCUGCAUCUGGGCCAGCUCGAUUUCAUCAGCGGGCAAGCGACGACCACGUCCGCCGAGGAGUCUGGAGGCUACUCCCACGAAGGCGGCGAAACCGUCACCAUCGUCCGUAAUAAGGAUGUCCUUUCCAUCAUUGCCGCCUUCCUAGGUCUAGGGGUGGAAGAGCUCGAGACCAGUUUCCGCUAUCGCACCAAGACGAUCCACCGCGAGCGCGUCACGGUCAUGCUGGACCCGAGCGGCGCGCGCCAGAGUGCCGAUGAACUGGCCCGCACCAUCUACUCGCUUCUGGUCGCCUACGUGCUGGAAAGCAUCAACCAGAAGAUCUGCGCCGCGGAGGAUAGCGUGGCCAACACCGUCUCCAUCGUCGACUUCCCCGGAUUUUCCCAGUCCUGUGCUACCGGCUCGACCUUGGACCAGCUGCUGAGCAAUGCGGCCACAGAGUCAUUGUACAACUUUUGCCUGCAGUCAUUCUUUGACCGCAAAGCCGACAACCUGGAGCGGGAAGACGUGGCCGUCCCGGCAACGAGCUACUUCGACAACACGGACGCUGUCCGCGGACUGCUGAAGCACGGCAACGGGCUGCUUAGUAUCCUCGAUGACCAGACGCGGCGGGGCCGCACGGAUAUCCAGUUCGCGGAAUCGUUGAAGAAGCGCUUCGAAAACAAAAACCCGGCCAUCUCCGUGGGCGGCUCCGGCUCCAAACAGGGCACUAGCUACGCCGCGCAGCAGGCCCGCGCCGCGUUCACCGUGAAGCACUUUGCCGGUGAGGUCGACUAUUCCGUCGGUGGCCUCAUCGAGGACAACGGGGAGAUUAUCUCCGGCGACCUGAUGAACCUGGUGAACACCACCAAGAGUGACUUUGUCCGGGACCUGUUCGGCCAAGAGGCCCUGCAGAAGGUGACUCACCCCAAGGAGCGGACGGCGAUCAUGCAAGCCCAAGUGAGCUCCAAGCCCAUGCGGAUGCCGAGCAUGGCGCGACGGAAGACCACCCCCCCUACCCGGUUGGCCUUCGAUGCCGCCAUCGGCGACGACCCGGAAGAAUACGAAAGCCACGCGGGCAGCUCCGCGAAGAAUUCCGGGCGACGCAAGAGCGGGGCGCUCAUGAAUGGCAUGCAGGGCGCCGCCGGGCAAUUUUUAUCGUCGCUCACCAUCGUCAACAAGUGCCUAAGCUCCAGCAAUUCCAACCCGUACUUCAUCUUCUGCUUGAAGCCCAACGACCGCCGCAUCGCAAACCAGUUCGACAGCAAAUGCGUGCGAGCCCAGGUCCAGACAUUCGGCAUCGCCGAGAUCAGUCAGCGACUCCGGAAUGCCGAUUUCAGCGUGUUUCUGCCCUUCGCGGAAUUCCUGGGCCUGGCGGACAUUGGUAAUAUCGUGGUCGGCAGUGACCGGGAGAAAUCGGAGGUCGUCCUGGACGAGAAACGAUGGCCUGGAAACGAGGCCCGGGUGGGCAGUACCGGUGUCUUCCUCAGUGAGCGCUGCUGGGCCGAUCUGGCCAAGGUCGGCGAGCGUGUGAUGCCCAUCGGCGUUGGCACUGGGUCUGAGGAGGGUGCUGACAGCGUCCCGCACGCACGGAGCCCGGGCUAUAUGGAUUCCAAGGUCCGACUUCUCAACCCCGCCGAUCAGUCGCCCGGCGCUUUUAUCUACGGCGAGGAAGGCAAACAGGGCUACUUUGGGGCCCGUGAGUUUGACGGGCGCUCCGAGGCCGGAGGAUCCGCCUUCAACUCGGGCGACAUGUUCCAUAACCUCGAGACGCGGGAGCAGAUGUUGGAAAAGGGCAAUGAAAAACAGAUGGAAGAGGUGGAUGAUGCGCCGGUCUCGGGCAGUCGCAAACGCUGGCUGGCCAUCGUCUACCUGCUCACCUUCUGGCUUCCGGAUUUUAUCAUCAAGCUGGUCGGUCGGAUGAAGCGGAAGGACGUCCGCGACGCCUGGCGCGAGAAGUUCGCGAUCAACUUGAUCAUCUGGUUCAGCUGUGGAGUUGCCAUUUUCAUCAUCGUCGGUUUCCCGGGCCUGGUCUGUCCGACCCAGCACGUUUAUUCAGCGUCGGAGUUAUCUUCAAACGACGGCAAACACGGCCAUAAAUCGUUUGUCGCCGUUCGCGGUGUGGUCUUUGAUCUUGAUGCUUUCAUCCCCGCCCAUUACCCGGACAUCGUACCCGAAAAGGCCUUGAAGAAAUAUGCCGGUAUCGACGCCACUGGCCUCUUCCCGGUCCAGGUGUCGGCAUUGUGUCAGGGCAAAUCGGGAUCCGUUGAUCCAACGGUGCUCUUGGAUUAUACUCCUACCAACAUCACCGGCUCGGCUACUACUAUCAGUUCGGGGGAUGUUAAUUCGAGAUAUCACGACUUCCGCCACUUCACGAACGACACACGACCGGACUGGUUUGCUGAACAGAUGCAAAUGCUGAAAGCGAAUUAUAAAAAGGGUUACAUCGGAUACACUCCUGAGUAUAUGAAAUCCUUAGCGGGCAAGUCGAAGUCGAUCUCAAGCAUCGAUGGCAAAGUGUAUGACAUGACGAAUUACAUCACGGGCGGCCGUCGCACGCAGGCCCCGCCUGGAGAGAAGGUGCCCGGGAAUGUCGAUCGCGACUUCAUGCACUCCGUCGUGGUGGAGCUCUUCCAGCAACGUCCUGGUCAGGAUUUGACCAAGUAUUGGCAAAAUCUAGACAUCGACAAGGAUUUGCGCGAUCGAAUGAAGUUGUGCUUGGAUAACCUUUUCUUUGUCGGUCACGUCGACACACGUAACUCGGCCCAGUGCCAGUUCGCGCAGUACUUUAUUCUGGCGAUAUCGAUUCUCAUUUGCGCGGUGGUCAUCUUCAAGUUCCUGGCGGCUCUUCAGUUCCAGAAGAAGAAUGUCCCUGAGCAUUUGGACAAGUUUGUUAUCUGCCAGGUCCCGGCCUACACGGAAGACGAGGAGUCUCUCCGUCGUGCUAUCGACUCCAUGGCUCGUAUGCAGUAUGACGAUAAGCGGAAGCUGCUCGUUGUGAUCUGUGACGGUAUGAUUAUUGGUCAAGGAAACGAUCGACCCACGCCGAGGAUCGUUCUCGAUAUCCUGGGUGUGCCCGAGACCGUGGACCCGGAGCCUCUGAGCUUUGACAGUCUGGGCGAAGGUAUGAAACAGCAUAACAUGGCUAAGGUCUAUUCGGGCCUGUACGAAGUGCAGGGUCACAUCGUUCCGUUCCUGGUCGUGGUCAAGGUUGGCAAGCCCUCCGAGGUGUCGCGGCCCGGCAACCGAGGCAAGCGUGAUUCGCAGAUGGUCCUGAUGCGGUUCUUGAAUCGCAUCCAUUACAACCUUCCCAUGAGCCCUAUGGAGCUGGAGAUGCAUCAUCAAAUCCGCAAUAUCAUCGGCGUCAAUCCGACGUUCUACGAAUUCAUUUUGCAAGUCGAUGCAGAUACAGUGGUUGCGCCUGAUGCAGCAACACGCAUGGUGUCGUCCUUCCUCGCGGACACUCGCAUCAUCGGCGUCUGUGGCGAGACUGCGUUGACCAACGCCAAGACGUCCGCAGUGACCAUGAUCCAGGUGUACGAAUACUACAUCUCGCACAACCUCACCAAGGCGUUUGAGAGUCUCUUCGGGUCCGUCACUUGCUUGCCUGGUUGUUUUACCAUGUACCGCAUCCGCUCGGCUGAAACCGCCAAACCGCUGUUCGUCAGCAAGGAGGUUGUCGAUUCUUAUUCUGAAAUUCGUGUGGACACACUUCACAUGAAGAACCUGCUGCAUCUGGGUGAAGACCGUUACCUGACGACGCUGCUUUUGAAGCACCACCCCAAGUACAAGACAAAGUUCAUCUUCGCGGCCCAUGCUUGGACAAUUGCGCCAGAGAACUUCGCUGUGUUCCUCUCCCAACGUCGUCGAUGGAUCAACUCUACAGUCCAUAACCUGAUCGAGCUGAUUCCGCUUCAGCAGCUGUGUGGUUUCUGCUGUUUCAGUAUGCGAUUCAUCGUCUUCAUUGACCUUCUCAGUACCGUCAUUCAGCCUGUCACCAUCGCAUAUGUCGUCUACCUCAUCGUGUGGCUUGUUCGCGACACAUCCACCAUCCCGUAUACCGCGUUCAUUCUCCUCGCCGCAAUUUACGGCUUACAGGGUCUCAUUUUCAUCCUCCGCCGCAAGUGGGAAAUGAUCGGCUGGAUGAUCAUCUACAUCUGCGCCAUGCCAGUCUUCGCUCUCGCCCUACCCCUCUACUCCUUCUGGAACAUGGACGACUUCUCCUGGGGCAACACACGCGUCAUCACAGGCGAAAAGGGCCGCAAGGUGGUCAUCUCCGACGAAGGCAAAUUCGACCCGGCCUCAAUCCCCAAGAAGAAGUGGGAAGAAUACCAGACCGAGCUGUGGGAAGCGCAGACCUCGCGCGACGACCGCUCAGAAGUAUCCGGCGUAUCCUACGGCACCAAAUCCUACCACCCCAUGCAGUCGGAGUACGGCUUCCCGGGCUCGAGGCCGAUGUCUCAACUUGAGCUGCCUCGCUACGGCGGGUCCCGCAUGUCUAUCGCCCCGUCUGAGAUGAUGAGUCGCCAUAUGGAUAUGGAGAUGGAAGACCUCUCCCAUCUUCCUAGCGAAGAUGCUAUUCUUGCUGAGAUUCGCGAAAUCCUCCGCACGGUUGACUUGAUGAGCGUGACGAAGAAGAGCAUCAAGCAGGAGUUGGAGAGGCGGUUCGGUAUGAACUUGGAUGCUAGGCGGCAGUACAUCAACUCAGCCACCGAAGCUGUCCUUUCCGGCGCGCUAUGA